AUGGUUGGACGAGGAGAAGAGGAACAACUUUUGGGAGGUUUGGAUGAGGUGGUAAGAGGCGUUGUGAGCACUGAGAAACUUUUUGUUGGAGGGGAUUUCAAUAGAUAUAUUGGGUCUUUAUCGGGAGGUUAUAAUGAUGUGCAUGACGAUUUCAGUUUUCGGGAGUGGAAUGAAGGAAGCGUUUCACUUUUGGAUUUUGCUAGGGAUUUUGGAUUGUGGUUUGCAAAUUUUAGCUUUUUGAAGAAAGAGGAAUACCUUAUUACCUUUAGUAUUUUGGUGGCCAAGAAACAAAUAGUUUUUUUGGUCUUUAAGAAGGAGGAUAGAGCACUAUAUAAAGACUAUAACGUUAUACCUAGUGAGAAUCUUUUGACCCAACAUAAGUUUUUGGUAUUAGACUUGGUAAUCAAAAAGGACAUAAAGAAGAGGGGUGCAGAGGAUCGGCCCAGGAUUAAGUGA